ACCGGAGCGUGUGCGGCGGCGGCAACAGUAGUAGGAGCCGCCACCUCUAGGACCACCGCAGCUGAGACGGCAGCAGCGCGGGCGGGGGCGAGAGGCGGGAGUGGCCAGCUCAGGCGGCUGGGGUCUGGGAAGGACUAAGUCGCUCGCCGCUGCCUGGAGCGCAGUCGCAGCUCCUGGAAGUGUUGCCCCUUCGCGGUUCCUCGCUCGCUGCGCUCCUAGAAGGGGCGGCCGUCUCCAGGUGACACAGACGGGACUCCCGCUUGCGCUUUCCAGAUGCAUCAGAGAUACUUUUGGACCGACCAGGGCCAAGUGGCAUUCGGCGGGCACUUCAUGGCGGAAGGCGAGGGGUACUUUGCCAUGGUCGAGGACGAGCUGGCCGGCGGCCCCUACAUCCCCCUGGGCGGCGACUUUAGCGGCGGCGAAGUCGUCGUCAGCGGCGGUUUCGGCGGGCAUUGCUUGGACUAUUGCGAAAGCUCCACGGCGCACUGCAACGUGCUGAACUGGGAGCAAGUGCAGCGGCUGGACGGCAUCCUGAGCGAGAUCAUCCCGAUCCACGGGCGCGGCAACUUCCCCACGCUCGAGCUGCAGCCGAGCCUGAUCGUGAAGGUGGUGCGGCGACGGCUGGCGGAGAAGUGCAUCGGCGUCCGCGACGUGCGCCUCAACGGCUCGGCCGCCAGCCAUGUCCUGCACCAGGACAGCGGCCUGGGCUACAAGGACCUGGACCUCAUCUUCUGCGCCGACCUGCGCGGGGAAGAGGAGUUUCAGACUGUGAAGGACGUCGUGCUGGACUGCCUGUUGGACUUCUUACCCGAAGGGGUGAACAAAGAGAAGAUCACACCACUCACGCUCAAGGAAGCUUAUGUGCAGAAAAUGGUUAAAGUGUGCAAUGACUCUGACCGCUGGAGUCUUAUAUCCCUGUCAAACAACAGUGGCAAAAAUGUGGAACUGAAAUUUGUGGAUUCCCUCCGGAGGCAGUUUGAAUUUAGUGUAGAUUCUUUUCAAAUCAAAUUAGACUCUCUUCUCCUCUUUUACGAAUGUUCAGAGAACCCAAUGACUGAAACAUUUCACCCCACGAUAAUCGGUGAGAGCGUCUAUGGUGAUUUCCACGAAGCCUUUGAUCACCUUUGUAACAAGAUCAUUGCCACCAGGAACCCAGAGGAAAUCAGAGGGGGAGGCUUGCUUAAGUACUGCAACCUCUUAGUGAGGGGCUUUAGGCCUGCCUCUGAUGAGAUCAAGACCCUUCAGAGGUAUAUGUGUUCCAGGUUUUUCAUCGACUUCUCAGACAUUGGAGAACAGCAGAGAAAACUGGAGUCCUAUUUACAGAACCACUUCGUGGGGUUGGAAGACCGCAAGUAUGACUAUCUCAUGACCCUUCAUGGAGUGGUAAAUGAGAGUACAGUGUGCCUGAUGGGACAUGAAAGAAGACAGACUUUAAACCUUAUCACAAUGCUGGCUAUCCGGGUGCUAGCUGACCAAAAUGUCAUCCCUAAUGUGGCCAAUGUCACUUGCUAUUACCAACCGGCCCCCUAUGUAGCAGAUGCCAACUUUAGCAAUUACUACAUUGCACAAGUCCAGCCAGUAUUCACAUGCCAGCAACAGACAUACUCCACUUGGCUACCCUGCAAUUAAGAAUUAUUUUAAAAUGUCCUGUGGGGAAGCCAUUUCAGACAAGAAAGGGGGGGAGGGAAGGCUGAAUGACCCAGCCCUGAUUAGGGACGUGUUUUGUGCAAUGAUGAUCUGCUCCUGGUUUUAAGCUUGGCAAAGCUUGUGGAUCCUUUCAUAGGUAUGGGAGCGUGAUCUCCAAAUGAUCCCCACCCACCAGCAACCUACCCACCCGGUCCUCCUAUCCAAUUGGAUUCUAUCCUGAAACAAAAGAGACCUGUCAUUCAAAGCAAACAGGUUCUCCUAAAAUAACAUGGGAAAAAAAUGCUUGAUGACAAUAUGGGUUUGCAGUACCUUGCUCCCAUAGCUUUGCCGUAAGAAAGAAAAGUGAAGUUUCUCAUAAGAUGGAAUUCACAAAAGGGAAAAUAGAAAGGAUAAAAGGUUUCCCCUCAACUUAAUUAUCAAAUCAGAAAUUCAUAUAGUAACAACACAAGAAGAAGGGGAACUCCGACAUUGGGUUUACUACCUGAGGCUUGUAGCAAGUACUUUCUGUUAAAUUAUUCUAUUGUGCUAACAGAAACGGCUUGCUCUAAAUGAACAGUAGUAGGUUGGUGCAGUUUUCAUAACAAACAGCAGAACUAUGAUGACACAAUCCAUUAUUUCCAGCUGCAUGCAUAGCUCGCAUUUUUAAAAUGUGAAAAUGCAAGCAAAAACAGCUGUAGCAAAGAAAGUAAUGCUCAAGGACCAAAGAUUUAACAGAUAAAAAUACCCAAGUAGAAGAGAUAUAGUAGAAUAUAUAAAGAGUUACUAUAUUUGUUACACGCCAAUAUACAUCAAAGUGCCUGUUGCCUUUUGAAAAUUUGGAGUGGAAAACUUUUAAGGUUUAAUGAUUAUUUUAUUUUAUCAGGGACUAAAGAAGAAAAUAAAACAACACAUAAGCUUGUGAAUGGUGGAGGAAAUGCCCUAUUUUUUCUUGGCAAAUACUUGUAUAAAGUUAACAUUGUUGGUGUGACAUUAUCAUAGAUACAUAUGUAUGUGUAUGUAUAUUAUGUGUGUAUAUAUUCAUAUUUGUGACGAAUAUAUACACACAAAACAUUGACUAUGGUCUAGAAUAAUGUAGCAAAUAGGAAAUGUUUAAAUACUGUGUUUUUAUGUUUUCAACAGGAUGACCUGAGAUGUGGGCAUAUUGCAUUGAUGAAUUAAAACCCACAUCUAAAAAUAUUAAAGCAAAUGAAGGAGGAAAACAAGUAAUAUAUUUGAUAGGAAGAGCAGAAAUUAUACAUUUUUAGUGAGUGUUUUUCCUUUUUAUGUGAGCCAUAGAAUUCCACAAAUGGGAGAAUAUUUGUUUGGCAGAGCACUCUUUUUUUUAUACUGAAGUGCCAUUUUGACAGUUUGAACCCUUUUAUUUUUUUGUAAUACUUGCAUGCUUCCAUGGUGUAUAAUCCAGUGGAUCAUUGAUCAGUGAUAGUCUAUUUAAAUCCCUGACUGCUAAAAAUAACUUCUGGUGAUCUGAACACUACUUAUUAAUAUUUAAAUAAAUUUUUUAAUGAAUGCAUUCUGCAUUACAGGACCACUAGAAUUUAGUAAAUGUGAAAUGACCCUUUUUAAAGAGUAUUUGCACAAUUGCCUAAAAUUUAUAUAUGAGAUAUAUAUUAUAUAUAAAAUUUUAUAAAUUCAUGCCAAUAUGAAACAUCUCUAAUCUGGUUGUCACACUGCAUUUAAAUAUUUAGUACUGUACUUUAAAUUCAAUCACUUUGCAUUGACUCAAAUCCAACUUUAUAUUCUCUUUCCCAGUUAUACCUUUGUGAAAUGAACUGGUAUUACUAUUUCAGUUCAAUGACAGCUAGUCCUGACACCAUCCCUUCUCCCAGCCCUUAAUUCCUUUGGACACUGGUCUCUGGAAAUCAAUUUGUUAAAAACAAAACUAACACAUAAAAACCUUCCCUUUGUAUUGUGAAAUAGCCACGUAAUCCUUAUCAACUCUGGAUGAAUGCUUACUAUGAUAAUUUCUCUGAAGAACCAACCAGUUUUUUAUGGCCAGUUAAAGAGGGAUUGGGGAAGAGAAUAGCAUCAUCCUAUUGGCAGUGUAAUUUGUUUGUUAUCUGGGCAUCACUCAGAUGCUCAGUGCUAAAUUAAUCCACCUGAACUACCUUUUGCACAUCUUUCUUUGAAGCCUUAACAGGAACUUGAUGGGUUUGCUGUAGCAGCUUCCCUGUGAAUUCUGUCCUAGCUGUAACAGCUACUGCACUGCCACUCACUGCUUCCUAGGGAACUCUUCCUUUUCCCAUGUUGGCUCAGUCUCCUUCACUCCAGCCCUGGGUUUGAAAAAUUAAUUGUGAAUUCCCAGGAAAUACUAGUCCAUUUGCAGAAUAAGCCUGAUACUUAACUAUCAGAAACCAGAGCUCCUCCUGUUUACCUGUUUGGAAGUUUUCUAAAAGAAAACUAAGGGAAUGCUCGGGAACAUCGGAGCAGCUGGUAAUCUGCCUUCAUCCUUCUCAUCCUCUCUUGACAAAUGAGUUGUCCACUAUUUUUAAAGGAAUCUGGAGGUCUCUGGCUCUGCCAUGGCAACAACCUGCUAUUAAUUUAUGACACAGAUUUUUGUUUGGAGCGGCCUUAUUUGAUAAUACACUUUUCAUUUGUUUUCUCAAAUAUUUAUGUUCUUGCUUAUUCCACGGUUGGUAGCAUAGUUGAAAGUGCCAGCACCCGGCAUUCAGAUAGAACAGGCUGUACUCAAGACAACCUUCGGCAUUUAUACUUUAAAACUUACAUAAUUUAUUUCUAUUUUGUAUGUACUAUAGUCUUGUGCAUAUGUAGUUGAACAAACAGUGGAAUAUAUGUCUUUCUUUGUGGAUGUGUGGCCUAAAAAUUUGAAUGUCUGGUGAAAGAGAUCCAUGUGUAUAGGUCAGAGAAAAGAACAGUUCUCAACUCCUGAUUAGUGCCUGUGAUUUGCUUGCUUUUGUGUUUAUCCAGCCUACUGUGCUAUUAUUUUAAAACAGGAAGAAGUUUUAUCUUCUAGAGAGGCUCUUUUCACCUGUCCAGUCUGGCAUGUCAGGACAUUUCACCCAUGACAAUGCCUAUUAAAAAGUUUACUUAGUUUGCAGUAAAUCUAGUUGCUUCAAGAAGUCCUACUUUGCUAGGACUUUUCCCUUCCAGGAAUGAGAUCAAGUAUCUGCUCACUUUGAUACUGGGUGGACUAUUUUAACAUGGUUCCAAAAAUAGGCAAGGAUGGAAGAAUAUCUGUAAGCCAAACCAAGGAGGAAAUGCAAAGAAAAGUGAACAUACUGUUUUGCCACCUCUGUUUGCUUAAUGUUGGUUGCUUUACUGUGCAUAAAGUUGUUUUCAAUGCAAUGCUUGUCAAAUAAAUAUUGUGAACUAUUUUGUAAAUGAAAUGUAUUAUGUUGAAAGCUGUCAGCAGUUCAAAAAUAAGCUUUUUUGUUGUUUGAAGACAAAGUGUAUUAGAUGAAACCAAAAAGUUAAAAAAAAAUAAUUUUAUAUAUAGUACCUAUUUGAAUAUAAUCUUUAAGAUUUCUUAUAGCAUAGCCUUUUCAGUGCUACGAAAGAAUCUCUAUGUAAUAUUUUGUUGUAAUAAUGGCUUGCAAACAAAGUACGUGGUAAAAGUACAAAGUUGGAAGAUGUCAAGAUAACUGGCAAGACUUGCUGCAAAAGUCUUGCGGAAUGGAGGAGGCUCUGCCCGCUGGCUGUCUCUCUCUCCAACCUCUCUCCAACCAUUGCCUGCUCUGAGACGUCCUGUUGCAGCAAGCUGCACCUUGGGUCACUCUUUUGGAAUAUUGACUUUAGACUGUGCCACAGGCAGAAAAGGAGUUGAUGGAGAAUGGACUCUUAAAAACUGACAUGUUUGAAUCAGUGCUAGAGGGAACAGAUCGUGAAUUUUGUUUACAGCAUCCAAUAUUUGGAUUUUUUUUUUUUGUAAAUAAAAAGAAGUUAUUUUUUUCUA